AUCAAGCUUCGCCUAGAAAAGCAAACGAUGACUAUUUUUUCUGCAUACGCGCCACAGAAAGGUGAAUCAGAAGAGAUGAAAAAUAACUUCUGGGCUGCGGCGUUCUCUAAAACCAUCUCAACAAUACCAAAAUCUAAAACAAUUCUGAUUGGAGGCGAUCUCAAUGGCCACGUUGGAAAAAAAACAGAUGGUUUUGACAGCAAUUAA